CUCCAACCGUAAAAACCCGCCAACAACAACACAAUCAUCAUUUUCCUUUUUCCAAGGAGCUGCUACGGCGGUGCUCUCUGUUUUCCGUCAUAAACCUUCCUGGUCAGGAGAAAAAUUACCCACCAGAUACAACUUAUCCUCAAACAAACCAAAACCCACUAUCCAUCAACAGUGGAGACUGGAGACUCUACUUUUAUCCUCUUAACUUCAUCUUCCAACUCGCAGCUCUGCACUCUCUCAAGGAAAAUCAAAACUCUAAAACUUCCCUAGCUCUAAUGGUGAUGGCGGUUCAGGCGCCGCAAGGCUUCUGGCGCCUCCACUCUCGGAAACCGAAUUCCCAACUUCACCCUCCUCAAUUCUUGCCUCCGCAGCCGGCGACUUCUUCCCGGAGAAAAGCUCUCGACUUUUCUUGUACGGCCACCGGAAAUGAUGAUUAUUAUCUUAUAGACGCCGAAGAGUCUGCCGGAGAUGGGUUCUCUUUCAGCGGAGGGAAGUAUUCCGGCGAGCCAAGUCCGUCCGAUGAAUGGUUCAAACGAGGGAAAAUGGUUAAAGCUCAUCCAGUGUUUGGUUCUAAGGAGAAAGCUCAGGAUCCUAUAUUUGGGCUCAAGAUGGGUUCUGCUUCCCAGACUUCUGAUGACCUCUUCAGAUGGUUUUGCGUGGAGAGUGGAAGUGCUGAUAGCCCUACUGUUGUUCUGGUUCAUGGUUUCCCUUCACAGGCAUACUCUUACCGCAAAGUGCUACCUGUGCUCUCCAAAAACUAUCAUCCCGUUGCUUUUGAUUGGCUAGGAUUUGGGUUUUCUGAUAAGCCUCAACCCAAAUAUGGAUUUGACUACACAUUGGAUGAAUAUGCCUCUUCCUUGGAGUCCUUGAUCAAUGAAAUCGGUCCUAGUAAGAUCUCACUCGUUGCACAGGGCUAUUCUGCUCCUGUUGCUGUGAAAUAUGCGAGCAGUCACCAAGAUAAGAUUAGUAGCUUGAUACUUCUCAAUCCUCCUGUAAGAAUCAGAACUCCUGUAGGUUUUAGAGGUCUGCAAAAUUUACUUCUAAUUUUGGAUGCUGAAGAACUAAGACUACUUUUGCAUGAUUCUUACCCCAAGCUAACAGCUGCGCACGCAAACCUUCCAUCGACAUUGUCUAUAUUCAGCAACUUCUUGCUGGGUGAAAUCUUUUCUCAGGACCCCUUAAGGGCAAGUGACAAGGUGUUGACUAGCAGUGGACCUUACAAGAUGAAAGAGGAUGAUGCAAUGGUAUACAGAAGUCCUUAUCUCACAUCUGGUUCUGCUGGAUUUGCACUAAAUGCAAUUAGUAGAGCCAUGAAGAAAGAUUUGAAGAAAUAUGUUGAAGAAGCGAAGGAAAUGCUCUUGGAUAAAAGCUGGGGUGUUCAGACUACAGUUUGUUGGGGGCGUAGAGACCGGUGGUUGAGCUUCGAUGGAGUUGAGGAAUUGCUCAAGGGUUCGAAAGUCAAGCUCAUUGAGCUCCCAAUGGCAGGGCAUCAUGUGCAAGAAGACUCGGGAGACGAACUUGGAGGGAUCAUCUCUGGAGUAAUCAGUGGAAGGAUUCGUAACUAAUUAGUGAAAACAAAUCCAGGACAGCCAUUAGUUGGAUGAAGAAACAAUGAAUUGUUUGCAUUUGAGUAACUGUCAGAGUUUGUGUACAGAUUGCGAGGAGACAGUGUAACUUGGGACCCAAGCAACUAAUACUAUGGAAUUCAGCGAUAUGUUUUUGGAACAAGAUUAGAACUUAUGAUCAGGAAAAGAGAUUAGGAUUUCUCCUCCUUCAUAGCCUUCUUCACGCUGAACAGAACACUAAACUAUCAUCAUCUUCAUCAUCAUCAAUAUUUGAAUCUAACGGUGAUAAAGCUCGGAAUCUGUUGUGACAUGGGUUGUAUCUGUUGUGACAUGGAAACAUCUGGUGUGAACCGAGGAACAGAGCAUACCCUUCCAAGCUCCCCCACUUCCUCCCAAUUACUUCCAUUAAGGUUGUUGUUCCCUUUGAUUACCAGCUUAUACACACAGAACUUUUGUUUCCGACUGUGACAUCGUGGGAUGAGGAGGAGUUGAUCAUCAGUAAUACCAUCAUUAAGGUUGCACACUCCAGCGAAAGCGGUGACCUGGGAAGCGAUCUCGGGUGGCCUUAUGACUUCUCUAGGUUGCUUCUCCUCUGAAUCUGGUAUUUUAAUUGUCCAAAUAGCAUGGACUUCCCCUAUUGAAUUCAGCAUUGUAUUACUAUGCAAUGUACCGGGGGUAGCCUUAUCGAAUUUCUAAUCGAUACUAUUACUGAAUUUCUAAUCGAAUUUCUUCACAAACAAAACAACAGAAUGAUUCCAGUUCACCCGGAAGGAAGGGCAGAAAUGUUCAGACAGCAGUGGGGGGAAAGAAGCUAUGUUCAUAAGUCUGGUUUAGCAUUCAUAGAUACAGAAUUCCACAUUGAGAAGAAAUGUAAAACGGUGUGGCUAUUUGAAACUCACUCUACUUGACGUAGUAAGGAAGGUUAAGAACAUAGAGAAGGAAAUAAGCCCAGGUCACCCCUGAAACCCCUCCGAAGAAGAACCCUCCGGUGAACUUCGCCCACCCGUCGGCGGUCUGCAGCUGGUCAGGCUGCUUCUUCCUUCCGGUCAAUGUCAAGCUGGGUGCGGUCGACGGCUCCCCUUCGUUGAAGGAAGCAACUCCAUACAUGGUUAGGCAGAGGCUGAGGAUCACCACCAGGCCGGCGGCGGCCAAGGAACCUGCCGCCCCGGCGUACUCUGUGUUCCUGAGCGGGCCGGCCUUCACGAAUGGGCCCACGAGGAGGAAUCCAUGGGCCAGGCCCACUUCGAUCCCCCUCAGGAGUGGGCUCACCGCGGUGCGGUAUGCGGGGAGGUUGGAGAGGUACCAGGCGAUCAGUGGGCUGGACGUGACCGGAGUCUCCAAGCUGCCUAUGAAAGGGUCGCCGUUGAUCGGCUGCACCACUUGGUAUGUCGGCUUGUCAGCCUGAAUUGCCUUGACAGUGAAGGAAGAAGAUCUCCUGGAGGUGGGCAAAACUCUGAAGGAAGCACCGGAAAUGCCCUUGGGGACAAUCAGACCUUUCCUCGCGGGAGAAGUGAAGCUGGACUUGAGCUGGCUAGCCAUUGGAGAUGCUGUGGCAGCCAUAGCUAGAAAGCGAGCGUUUAAUGUACAAAGUCAGAGAGAUGGGAAGAGGCCGCUGGAAAAGGGUUUGGGAUUUGGUUUAUUUGUUUGUGUAUCUCAGGGAAGAGAAUCUAUUGCAGGAAAAUUUGUGGCUUGGAGAAGGAUGAGGUGUCAUAGUUGGACG